GCUCACAAUGAAGGAUGAAGAGACAAAGAGGAAACUAAUGGAUGGAGUGAGAGUGAAAGGAGUGAUGGUGCAUGCCAGGGAUAUACUGAAUAACGAUAUGGUGGUGUCCUUUAUCAAUUUGCCUGUGUACUUAGAGGAUGAGAAGAUACUCGCCAAGCUACAUGAGUGGGGAGUACGACCACUUUCACCAAUCAAACGCCGGGUGUGGCCUGGAACGGAUAUAGUUGAUGGGACACGUUUCUUAAAAGUGCGCUUCACAGAACAGGUAUGUUCACUACCAUACUCCACAAAGUUUGAGACUCUGAGAGGCACCGAAUUUUUUCGUGUCAUCCAUGAUAGACAAAUACGUGUUUGCAGACUCUGUAUCAAGCCAGGGCACAUAAUUAGAGAGUGCCCUGAAUUAAAGUGCUUCAAGUGCAAUGGUGGAGGCCAUUAUGCAAGAGAUUGUGAAGAAUGGAUGGGAUUAGAGAGAGAGAGAGUGGAUGUUCAAGAAUAUGGUAAAAAGAGGAACAGUGUUCUGACAGAGGAGCAAGAGGAGGAAACAACUGAUGUGGUGAGCGGUGGAGAGAAAGACGGAGCUGAAGAUAGCGAAAGAAGAAGCAAAAUGGAAUGGCGGGACAGAGCUGAAAGUUUCAGUGAAGCGGAUGAUGGGGAGGAGGAGGAGGAGAUGGAGCAGUCGGAAGAGAUCGAAGAAGAGGAGGAGACAGAUGAAAGUAAUGUGAAAGAAAGAGGUAAACAAGAGGAAAAUAAAAAUACUGCACAGAAAGUGAUAGAAAGCAGAGGUGGAGAAAAGGGAGACCGAGAAAAGAAAGAUGGAUUGAAAACAAAGAUUAAAAGACUGAGUGCAAAGAGGAAGUCUGAGAUCGACGGAGAACAGGUUGAGCAGAUAAAAGAACCGCGAGCGGGUAUGUAAUAAAACUGGGGUGUCAAAGUCGAGACCGAGGAGGAAUGGGGGAAAUUGUUUUUGUUUGGAACUUUCGGGAAAAGAAAAAGAGCUGACAUUUGUUUAAUUAAUUUUGUUCUGAGUCAU